GUGUAUCAUUUCAUCGAAAAAUCUGGCCGUGCAGGCAAGAUCGAACCCAAAACCUCUCACAAAAGAGAGUCUUUGGAUGCCCUAACUUUGCCACUUGAACUAGACUCCAUUGUCUAUAUAACAUAUGCUAUUAAUUACACAAAUACAAGAUGUUUCAUACAGUUUCAUGCCUUUAUCUAUAAAAUCCGACUCAAAUAGUGUAUCCAUGAUCACACACAUAAAAAAAAAAUUAUACUGUCACCAUGGAAAUCCCCUACCACUUUCUUCCAUAUUUGCUCAUUUUCAUCUCCUUUCUCUUCAUUCUCAUCCUAAUCAAACUAUACAAAACGUCAGGAAAUCGUCGAAAAUUGCCACCAGGCCCCUGGAAACUUCCUAUAUUGGGAAACUUGCACCAGUUGAUAGGUUCACUCCCACACCAUGCACUCAGAACCCUAUCGCGGAAACACGGCCCCCUCAUGCAUAUGAGCCUCGGCGAGAUCCCGGUCGUCGUUGUCUCGUCGCCUAGAAUUGCAGAAGAGAUCGCCAAGACCAACGAUGUCGCGUUUGCCAAUCGAGUCGAGCUCAUGCUUCCCAAGAUAGUACUGUACAACUCCACCGACAUCGCGUCCGCUCCUUACGGCGAUUACUGGAGAUUCAUGCGCAAACUCUGCGUGCUCGAGUUUCUCAACCACAAGAAGGUCCGGUCGUUCCAUAGUUUGAUGGAAGACGAGGUUCUGCACCUCGUGGAAUCCGUUCGAGUUUCCCAAGCAAUGCCGGUCAAUCUGAGCCGCCGGAUUCUGUCCACUGAGUGCCGGAUCAUCUGCAGGGCCACGGUUGGGCGGGUCUGCAGGGUUCAAGAGCCGUUGAUCGCGAUCGUCAAGGAAGCCGUGGCGAUUGGUGCAGUUUUCAACGCGGCGGAUCUGUUCCCGUCGAUGAGAUUUCUCCAUCUUUUGUCGGCCGGGUCGCGGGGGAGGCUGCAGAGCAUGCACGUCAGAGCCGAUCGCAUUCUUGAAGAUAUCAUCCGGCAGCAUCAAGAGAAGAGGUUGAUCGGAAAUGGUGAUUCAAUGGAGGAGGAAGAUAUAGUUGAUGUUUUACUGAGGGCUAGUGAGAGAGAUGAUCUUCAAGUUGCCAUCACUACGGAUAAUAUCAAGGCCAACAUUUUUGAAAUGUUCAUAGCUGGGAUAGAGACGUCAUCGUUGGUGAUCGAGUGGGCAAUGUCGGAGAUGAUGAAGAAUCCACGAGUGUUACACAAGGCACAAGCAGAAGUGAGAGCAGUUCUCCAAGGAAAGGAGAGAUUCCCAAAAACCGAAAUCCAGAAACUGAAGUACCUCAAAAUGGUGAUCAAGGAAACCUUGAGGCUGCAUCCGCCCGGCCCGCUGCUGUGUCCAAGGCGCUGUCGGGAGGAGACAAGGAUCCAUGGCUACGACAUUCCCGUGGGCACGGUAGUGUUGAUCAACGUAUGGGCCAUUGGGAGAGACCCCGAGUUUUGGCUGGAACCUGAGAGAUUCGAGCCGGAGAGAUUUCAAGAUGCCACAACUGAUUUCCAUGGCAAGCAUUUUGAGUUCAUACCGUUUGGUGCGGGAAGAAGAAUCUGCCCCGGGAUCGCUUUCGGGUUGGCGGGCGUCGAGCUCUCCCUUGCUCAUCUCUUGUACCAUUUUGACUGGAAAAUCCCAGGUGGGAUCAGUCCAGAGGAAUUUGACAUGACUGAGAACUUUGGGGCAUCGAAUGGGAGGAAGAACAAUUUGCUCCUCACUGCAGACUUCUUGAUUUCCUAG